AUGUUUCUUAAUCUGAAGGGGAACCAGAUGCUGCUGCUGCUGUUGCUGCUGCUGCUGUUUUGUCCCUUUACACAGCAGCAACUCGCCGUCCACAGCAGCAGCAGCAGCAGCAUCGGCAGCAGCAGCAGAAGUACUAGCGUGCUAGCUGCCGCCCAUGCACAGCCCUUAGGGCCGUUGAUAGGGGCUGAAGAGCUGCAGCAGCAGGAGCAGCAGCAGGAGCAGCAGCAGCAGGAGCAGCAGCAGCAGCAGCUUCACUGUGAUGAAGUGGAAGCAGCAAGCAGGGAUGAUGUCUCCUGUCCCGCUCGCCCCUCACCGUCUACCUCAGCAGCAGCUGCAGCAGCAACAGCAGCAGCAGCACGGUCAGCAACAACAUCUCCAUCAUCAUCAUUAUCAUCACCAUCAUCAUCAUCAUCAUCAGCAUCAUCAUCAGCAGCAGCAGCAGCAGAAGCAGCAGCAGAAGCAGCAGCAGCAGCAGCAGCAGCAGCAGAACAAUGGAGUUUAAUAGCAGCAGUUAUACCUGCAGGCCGCAGGCGAAUCUUCAGCACACCUGAAGGUGUGCGUAUUGAGCCGCUAAGCCCUUAUAUAAAAACAAUAAAGAAGCUGCAGCAAGGGAGAAGAAAGAAAGGAGACAGUGCAGACAAAGGAGACAGCUUUACACCUUAUCUUACUCUCAAAGAAGCAGCAAAGCUGCUGAGAGCAGCAGCAGGAGAAGCACUAGCUCAGCCUCUAACUGUCUCCUACUUAAAACAGCUGCUGAACUCCCUUAACACCCCUCUCACACCAAUCAAACAGCAGAAGCAGCAGCAGCAGCAGCAGCAGCAGCAAGAGGAGGAGGGGCUGGCUUUGCCUCAGGUGCUGCGCCUGCUGCAGAUCCUCGCCGGGCAGCAAACAGUUACAUCUGCUGCUCUUGAUGGUAUUAUUGCUACUGAUGCUGUCUCCUUUCUUUUGGGGGAGACACUUGCUGGCAGCAGCAGCAAGCAGCAGGCAUCAGCAGCAGCAGCAGCAAUGAAAAGCAAUUUGGAGACACUUACCUCCGAGUAUAUUGAAGAAGCAACUCUCUUCUAUGCUGAGGGGACCCCUUACCUCUUCGCGCUGCAGGCUAGCAGCACCCACCUUAGAGACAAGAUGCUGCUGCAGCUGCAGGAGCUGCAAAAGCAGCAACAGCAGCAGCAACAGCAGCAGCAACAGCAGCAGCAGCAACAGCAGCAGCAGCAGCAGCAACACGCUGCGGUGCUGAGUCCUGCGAUAGUUCAUGCGAGAGCAACUGUCCGCAUGGGGAAGAUGCUGCCCAACUUUGUUGCUGCUGCCCUUAAAGACAACAGCAACAGCAUCAGCAGCAGCAGCAGCAGCAACAGCAGCAACGCGUUGCGUGUGGAGGUGCUUGAGGGGCUUUUGGUGUCUCUUGUGCAGCACACUGAAGCUUCAUUUUUGUUUGCUAUCUCUGAUAAAGACAGCAGCAAUACUUUGGAUGCAGCGGAGUUCUUAUGUUUGCUGCUGCUGCAGCAGCUACACGUGCAGCAGCUGCUGCAGCUAGCAGCAGCAGCAGGCAGCGUCCGAGCUACUGCUGCUGUGCUUGACACCCCAUGGGCAGGGGAGUUGGGGGCUGGAUGGCUGGAAGCAGCACCGCUGCAGCAGCACCUGCUGCCGUUUGCUGCUUCAUUUAUCUUUACUGCAGCAGAUACAAAUGGGGACAGCAGCCUCAGCUAUAAAGAGUUCUUUGAUUUUCUUAAAGAAGAAGAUGUUCUUCUUGCUUCAGCUGUGCAGCUUCUAGCAAGAGGCAAUGCCCUCUAUGCUUGA